AUGGAUUUGGCAUCAGGUGUUGGUGGAAAGAUUGAAAAAUCUCAAAUCUUGUCCGCGGUUGAGAAGUACGAGAAGUACCAUGUUUGUUACGGAGGCCAAGAGGAAGAGAGAAAAGCUAAUUACACUGAUAUGGUUAAUAAAUACUAUGAUCUUUCUACUAGCUUUUAUGAGUUUGGCUGGGGGCCAUCUUUCCAUUUUGCACACAGAUGGAAAGGGGAAUCUCUUCAGGAGAGCAUUAAGAGACAUGAGCACUUCCUUGCUUUACAACUUGUCUUAAAGCCUGGACAAAAGGUCUUGGAUGUUGGAUGUGGAAUUGGGGGGCCACUCAGAGAAAUUGCUCGAUUCAGCUCAACAUCAGCACUCGAUCGCAUGGCUGGAGUGGACAAGACUUGCAACUAUGUCAAGGCUGACUUCAUGAAAAUGCCAUUCACAGACAACAGUUUUGAUGCAGUGUAUGCAGCUGAAGCUACAUGUCAUGCGCCAGAUGCUUGUGGAUGCUACAAAGGGAUCUUUAGAGUGUUGAAGCCUGGUCAAUAUUUUGCUGCAUAUGAAUGGUGCAUGACUGAUGUGUUUGAUCCCAACAACGAAGAGCACCAAAAGCUAAAGGCGCAAAUUGAGAUUGGUGAUGGACUUCCUGACAUUAGAUUGACCACACAAUGUGCUGAAGCUCUGAAGCAAGCAGGUUUUGAGGUAAUCUGGGAGAAAGAUCUUGCAAUUGAUUCUCCUGUUCCUUGGUACUUUCCUCUGGAUACAAGUCACUUCUCACUUAAUAGCUUUCGCCUAACUGCUGUUGGACGAUUUUUCACAAGAAACUCGGUGGGUACUGGAGUAAAGGCAUUUGCUGUUCGAACUAAAGAAAAGGGGACGACAUGUAACCACUACAGGAAGACUGGACAUGAUUCAACUAUAAAGAGUGCAGGACAUGAAUUGGGAUGGGGAAAUUCAUAUGUUGGAGGAGGAAGAGGUCAGAAUGCUAGAGCAAAUGCAGCACAAACUAAAGGGAUGGAAAGGCAACAAACAACAACAAUUACUGAAAACACACAAAGCAGGAGGAAUUGA